AUGGCAACUCCCGGCAAGCCCGACCCGGCCGCUGUGCCGCCGAAAGCGCCGCAGCCACCGGUGAAGGGGGCCAUCAUGCGCUGCGUCUUCCCCUUCCUCCUCGCCACCAACAUCUUCACCGGAGUUUAUGGUAGCUACAACAUUGCCGCUACUAGUAUAUCAUUUAGAGCACAGAGCUGUUGUACCUUUCACCCGUGGCAGGAUAUAUUUCUCUUAAAGCAAGUUUAUGUAUUUGCAAAGACCUACAAACGAGACCAGGACAAGAAAAAUGCUGAGACCGCAGCAGCAGCAGCAGCUGCAGCAGCAUUGUCAGCCCCACCUGUUGCAGUUGCUAAGCCUGCAGAGCCUGCUCCUCCGCCGAAAAGAGUACUCCCACCUUUAUCCGAAGAUGAGCAGCGCCAGGUCUACAAGUGGAUGCUGGAAGAGAAGCGGAAGAGCAAACCACGUGACGCUGCUGAGAAGAACAAAAUCAAUGAGGAGAAGGCUCUUCUCAAGGAGAUCAUCAGGGCAGACUCUCUCCCUCGUUUGUGGUGA